AAGCGGGACAGAUAUGCUCUGGGCUGACACCAAUCGCGUGAUUAGAUGUGUGUAGCAGUACAUUCACUGCUGUGUGAGUGUGUUGUUUCGGUUACAUAACUGACAGUGUGUAGAAAUUCAUUGGAAUACCUUGGAUUUUCGUGAAACAGAUUUUUUUGUUUGUUGAUAAUACAGAAACAACUGUAGAAAUACAGGGAAAAACAUAAAGUUCAUGAACGAUCACGUGACUAUUUAUAACUUCUAAUGCAAGACUGUUGAGAUAAUUAGUUCAGUCGAUGAAUUGUUCAUGUAUUAGGCAAUCAGCUUUAAUAUGAAGGGCUUGCCUCAAGCUAGAUAAGACAUGAGACACGGUCUUGGUGUUGGCUCAGAAGAGUACUGGCACUUGUGUUCUAUAUUCUUUUGAAAAUGGGAGAUAACUGAGCGAGAAAAUGGCGACAUCAGAGAAGGAAGAUUUUGAGCAAGUCAUGAAAGACUUGGAUCAGCAGGAGACCAUAGCUGUGUUGAGAAAUAAGAAUAUUUUCAUGCCAGGAAAAACGGCGGAUCCUGUCAGUCGGUCACUCAAAAGUCUCCACUCUAGCGAUAGUUCGGGCAAGAACUCCGACCCCUUGUACUACGAGCUUGGAAGCGACAACGAUGACUUCCCUUUGAUCCCGGCCCCCGAGCGAGAAGAGAAAAAUGCUGAGAUGAGCCACACGCCCAACUAUACCUCGAUCCUGAAGAAAAAACCUCAGACCAACUUUGCGUUUGUCGACGAUGAACAAACAUCCACCUCCGCCCUUGAGAGACACAUCUCCAUCCCGGCAGACUACGGGAUUGAUGAACCCCAAGCUGACUAUGAGACAACGGCCUCCGUCAGGCGUCACCACGCCCACAACAAUCCGCCCUCGGGCGUGACUUUUGACAGUUUUUUCGAACCAGACGACAAUUCGCGUGGGUCAGCCGCGAGCCUGAUAACCUUCCCGCUCUCUCAACCUCUACGGAUAGAGCCGAUCUCAGCUAAACCCAGCCCGUUCGGUCAAAAUAACGGACAUGCGCAGUUAUUCCAUGAAACGUCUUUCAUCGAAACUGACCCGCUAAAAAUAGUCGACCUUUCGAAACUUCCGGAGCUGACACUCGAUACCAUAUCGGAAUGUAUUGAAGCGCGAUACAAAGAUGACAAGAUAUAUAGUUUCUGUGGAGAAAUUUUAAUCUCUGUCAACCCCUUCAAGCCAGUGGAUAUAUGCAGGUCGGAGCACUACGAGGAUUACCAAUACGCCAAAAUCUCCCCGGCCCCCCACCUCUUCGCCGUGUCUGCCAAAGCUUACACAGGGAUCAGGGACCUUAGGAAUAACCAGGUGAUUUUGGUAAGCGGUGAAUCGGGAUCGGGGAAGACUGAAGCGACGAAAUACUUGGUUCAGCAUCUCAUUGCUAUAGCAGGCACCGAUUUCAAUGAGUUGGAACAGAGGAUCAUUAAGGUCAACCCCCUGCUUGAAGCUUUCGGAAAUGCCAAGACAAUCCUCAACAACAACUCCAGCCGAUUCGCCAAGUUCCUCUCCCUCAAUGUCAGCAACGAGGGCAAGAUUGAAAGUGCACGAAUCAAAGAUUACAUGCUCGAGAAAUCUAGAGUUGUCUUCCAUAGUCCGAGGGAGAGAACAUUUCAUGCCUUCUAUGCAUUGGUAAUAGGCGCUCCUGAUGAAUUGCUAGACAGUCUUUAUUUAGAACGGAAAGGUAACUAUAGAAUCACUGGAGAGUACUACCACUUGUCAGGUGGGGAUAAAGCAUUGUACAAACAAAUUUACAAGGACCAGCAGGAUGUGUUCAACCUCAUUAAACUCACACCAGAUGAAAUCCAAGACAUCAACACAAUUUUGGCAGCCAUCUUGCAUAUUGGAAACAUAGAGUUCCGUGAAGGAGACCAUGAUUCUGUCAUCAUUGAAAACGAGUCUCUUGUUCUCCAAGUUGGUUAUUUGCUUCAACUGGAGCCUGAGAGUUUAGUCAAGGUUUUGAUACAACGCAAAGGAAAAUUAGGAAAAGACCGGCAAACCGUCUACAAUGUUGUUAGUAGCAACCGCCUUAGCAAUGGCAGCUUGGCUACUGCUAGCAAAGGUAAAUCACUUGACAGUGAUUUCAGAAACAGUUCGUUUGAUGAUGAUGAUUCAGGGGAGAUGAUAGAACUAUCUAAAUCAAAAAAGCAGGCAGAAGAUGAAAGAGAUGCUAUAGCCAAAGCAUUGUAUGAACGAAUGUUUGGUUGGCUGGUCAGAAGGAUCAAUGAUUCCCUCAAACCUACUGUGAUAAAAAAUCUCCCAAGUAUUGGAAUUUUGGACAUUUGCGGCUUUGAGAAUCUGGAACAAAACAGCUUUGAGCAACUGUGUAUAAACCUUGUCAAUGAACAGCUUCAGAAUUUUAUGAAUAAACAAGUUAUUGAAGAUGAAAGACUUCUUUAUUUGGAGGAGGGUGUUGAAAUUAGUGAUGUUGAUAUUACAGGAAUAAACAAUGACUCCAUACUGCACAUGUUCAUUGAGAAAAAAUCUGGAAUUCUUGCGAUGAUUGAUGAGGAUUCAAAGCUGGAGUUCUCUGAUGACAACAAACUGGUCUACAAACUGAAGUCCAUGUAUGGCUCCAACAACAUUUUUAUACCCAGCCAAAACAGCUCCCCGCAGUUUAAAAUUAGGCACUUUGCUGGCGAGGUGUCCUAUGAUGCUCGGUCAUUCAUCAAGAAAAACAGAGACACCCUUAGUGAUGACAUGCUGGAUUGUUUUAGAUCCAGUCAGAGCACUCUCAUACAAGAUUUGUUCUCUGUCCCAGAGAGUUUGACUGGCUCCAUUUCUAUGGCACAAUUCCAGUUUAGAGGCUCCAAAAGACCAAACAUCAAAAGUCCACCAAAAAUGAUAGAAAGUAGUUUAUCACAAAGUAUAAAUAAAAUCAGGAACGAGUCUCUUAAACAAAGAUUUGGGGAUAAGACACCAAACUAUAAGCUAAGAGACCGCGCCAGACGCAGCACAACCAUCACAUUCUUCAGGAACUCAUUGGAGGAGCUGCUUAAAGCAAUGAAAGGAGCAACUCCUUAUUUCAUCAGGUGCAUAAAACCAAAUGACAAGCAAAAACCUGGCGAGUUCGUGGAGGACAGAGUCAAAACACAACUCAAGUAUAAUGGUGUGAAGGAAAUUGCAAGAAUUAGAACAUUUGGAUUUCCCAUUAGGUUAACUCGAGCAAAUUUUGAAAAACAGUAUAAAGAUUUGGCAGGUGGAAAUACAGAGCCAAAUAUUUCAGAAGCAAUAUUUGGUUCCAUCCUAGCUGUUUCAUCAACAUUUAAAGUAGGAAAAACACAGAUAUUUAUGAAAGAUCAUGUAAAGCGUAUUCUAGAUGACUCACUGUCAGCUGUAAGAAGAAAACAGGAAGAAGAAAGAUUACGUAAAGUUGAAAUUGAAAAGCUUAAAAAGAUGGAAGAGGAUAGAAAGAAAAAAGAAGAGGAAAAAAUGAAGAAAAAAAUAAGUGCCAACAUACUGAAAUCAGAAUUAAUGGAUGUUGUGGAUGGGCCACUGGACCCCAUCAUGGAAGCCAACACCCCUGAAUCCAAGAACAGCGACCCUGUGUACAACAGGACCUCAACAAGUAGUACUGAGUUUCGAGAAAAUAGGGCUUAUUCUUCAGAUGAUGAUGAGUCAGACGAUGACGAUGAAACAACUGUCAAAACAGUUGAAGAAUCUGAGCCAGAUAGCAAACCAACAGCAGCAUGGGAUUUUUUACAAGAGAUUGCAGAAGAGGUGGAGAGAAAAGAUGUUCAUGAGCAGACAAUCCUCAGGGUUAUCAAGUUGAUAGUUUAUCUUCUCUUGUUUAUUAUUAUCCUGGUGGCCUUGACCUGUCAGAAGGUGAGUUUAUUUGUUCUUCUUGAAGAAGCAAAUUCAACGACUGCAAACAUUCAGAAACUAUUUAAGAACUAUACAGGAUGUCGAGAUGGACAGCGUCAGAGAUCAAUCUCAAUUUUUUAUCUUGUGGUAUCAAUCUGCAUCCCAUAUGCUUUGUGUUUGUUGAUUUCUGUGUUAAAAGUUUUUUUUGGAAAACACAAAGUGCCCUCUAUUUGGACUUGGAUAUGGGUUUUCAUUGUAGAAAAUCUUCACUCUGUUGGUCUCUGCCUGCUGGUGUUUAGAGUCCUGCCACAGUUAGAAGCCAUCAGAGGGUUAAUGCUACUCAACGCCACGGCAUUAAUCCCAUCCAUCCUGAAGCUGACCAUGUCUGGUCAAGAGUAUGAGGUAACCCAGUUGACUUGCAUCACGGGGAUGGUGCAAAAAUUGAUCCAGUCCAUGUUUGACCUGGUGGUCAUGUUGCUUCAAGUCUCAGCCAUCCCAUUGAUUGUUGUUCUCAACUUCAACCUAGAUCUAGAUGCUGUUAAAGAUAAAGAUUUUACGAAGGACCAACAGUUUAUAACUGAGCUGACUGCUGCUAUAAUCCUUGUCUCAUGCAAUCACUGGGAAAAUUUUGUGGAUGGAAAAUUUUUCUGUAAUCUGAAUCACAAAAACUGGUUUAAAAAUAUGGUUCUUAAGAUGAGAUAUGAGCUUCAGAUGGGCAGAUACUAUCCCCAGAUAUUGACUUGUCUCUGUAAAAUAGCUCUCACUGUUUGGCUAGGCUAUCAGCUGACCCCAAACUUUGACUACAAGGAAGUGUUCGGAUUUUUCAGUGACCGAAACCUGGCAGAGGACUGCAAGUCUGUGCCUGUUAUCAUAACACUUGUAAUUUCAG